AUGAGGCUGCCCCGGGCCGGGGGGGCGCUGCUCCGCCUGGGCCCCCCGCGCCGACACCGGGCGGGUGGCCCUACACCCAACAUCAGCGAGCGCCUCCGCAUCUUCGAGCGGCUACAGGCGGACGAGCGGCGGCGGCGGCAACAGGCGGCAACAGGCGGCAACAUCCACAUCUCGCUGCCCGGCGGUGUCCGCCUGCCCGGCCAGGCCCUGCUCACCACCCCCCACCAUGUGGCCCAGCAGCUCGGUGUCCGGGAGGCCCUGGUGGCCCGUGUGGACGGGGCCCUGUGCGACCUGGAGCAGCCCCUGCGCGGCGACGCCGUCCUGGAGCUCCUCGACUUCGGCCACCCCGAGGGACGGGCGGCGCUGUGGCGCUCAGGCGCCUGCGUCCUGGCCGCCGUGGCCGAGCAGUUCUACGCGGCCCCGUUGUGCUGCGCCGGCGCCACCGAGGGCGGCUUCUUCUGCGACCUGCACCUGGAGGGCAGGACAGUGCAGCGGGACGAGCUGCCGGCGCUCGAGGCCGCCUGCAGAGCCUUCGCCCAGGCCCAGCACCCCUUCGAGAGGCUGGAGGUGACGCGGGAGCAGCUGCUGGAGCUUUUCCAGCACAACAAGUUCAAGCUGAGCCAGAUCGAGGAGGAGGUGACGACGGAGACGGCGACGGUCUAUAGGUGCGGACCACUUGUGGAGCUGUGCCGGGGCCCCCACGUGCGGCACACGGGGCUGCUGCGCGCUCUGCGCGUGCUCACGAGCUCGGCCGCGUUCUGGCGGGGGGACCCGUCGCGGGAGUCGCUGCAGCGCGUGGCCGGCGUCGCCUUCCCCAGCGCGCGGCUCCUGGACGAGUGGCAGCGCGCGCAGGAGGCGGCCGCGAGCUGCGACCACCGCCGCAUCGGCCGGGAGCAGGAGCUCUUCUUCUUCCACAAGCUGAGCCCUGGCAGUUGCUUCUUCCUGCCGCGCGGUGCCCGCAUCUACAACACGCUCGUGGACUUCAUCAAGGCCGAGUACCGCGCGCGCGGCUUCGACGAGGUGCUCACGCCCACCGUGUUCGACGCGGAGCUGUGGCAGCGCUCAGGCCACUGGCGCCACUACGGCCAGCACAUGUUCUCCUUCAGCCACGACGGGCGCACCUACUCGCUCAAACCCAUGAACUGCCCGGCGCACUGCCUGAUCUUCGCUCACCGGCCACGCUCCUGGCGUGAGCUGCCGCUGCGGCUCGCCGACUUCGGUGCGCUGCACCGCAGGGAGCCUGCGGGCACCCUGGCCGGGCUCACCCGCCUGUGGCGCUUCCAGCAGGACGACGCUCACAUCUUCUGCACGCUCGAGCAGCUCGAGGCUGAGAUCAGCGGCUGCCUGGACUUCGUGCGCACCGUCUACGCCGCCCUCGGCUUCUCCUUCCGCUUGGCGCUCUCCACGCGCCCGGCCCAUUUCCUGGGUGACGCCAGCACGUGGGACCGUGCCGAGCAGCAGCUGGAAAAGAGUCUCCAGGACUUUGGGCAGCCCUGGGAGCUGAACCCGGGUGACGGUGCCUUCUAUGGCCCAAAGAUCGACAUCCACAUCAAGGACGCACUGGGGCGUGACCACCAGUGCGCCACGAUCCAGCUGGACUUCCAGCUGCCGGAGCGCUUUGGGCUUCUUUACAGCAGUCCGUGCGGGGCGGGCGGUGCGAGCGAGCGGCCGGUGCUGAUCCACCGCGCGGUGCUGGGCUCCGUGGAGCGCAUGCUGGCCGUGCUGGCCGAGAGCUGCGGCGGCAAGUGGCCGCUCUGGCUCUCGCCCAUGCAGGCCAUGGUGAUCCCGGUGGGCCCCGGCGAGGAGGGCUACGCUCGCCAGGUGUGGGACGCGCUGCACGGCGAGGGCUUCGCCGCUGACUUGGACGCCGAUGCCGGCACCACGUUGAGCCGCAAGGUCCGCCGGGCACAGCUUGCGCACUACAACCUCCAGCUGGUGGUGGGCCCGCAGGAGCAAGCGCGAGGCACCGUCAACGUGCGCACGCGGGACAACCGGCGCGUGGGGGAGCGGGAGCUGCCGGCGCUGCUGCGGCGCCUGCGCGAGCUGCGCGCCACCCGCGCGCCCCACGCCGAGGAGCAGCUCUGAGCCCUGCGCCCUCCCGCGCGCUCACCACCAUUAAAGUGCUGGGAAGCACCUGCUCGUGUCGAGCCGUGUUGGAGCGCUGCGGGCGGGAGG